AUGUCUUCACAACUCUCUAGAAAGACCCCUAGCACUAGAUCCUCCUCUGGCGCUGGGAAGGCCCCCGUCAAGAAGAACCUUACUCAAGAACUCAGGGAUCAGAGAAUGAAAGACGACAGCGACAGUGACGACGACAAUACGCUCAAGGAACAGCUUGAACGAGCCAACCACGACAUCCAACAGAUGCAGGAAAUGUUCAACGCCAACGCCCGCGCUACUGAAGAACUUCAGGCCGCUAUGCGCCUGUCCAACCAGCGCACCCAGGAACUUGAACAGCAGAACUGCACUCUUUAA